AUGCUCUGCGGAGAUCCGCCCAAAGAACAAAACCAGCAGUUGGAUCGAUCACUUAAACUUCAUCCAGGCUCUGGUGAUUAUAUUCCAUUUUCUUCCUCAACAAAAACGAUUAGUCCAACAGCACCCAACACAGUUAUUAUUCAACAACAAUCCCAAACAGCUAAUCUCAAAGGAACAUCGUCCUUUAAUACAGGCCACCACCAACAACCAAAUCGUUUACAAACUCAAGCUUCAUCAGUCUCAAUGUCUUAUAAAGCAACUUCCAAUGGUCACGAUACUCCAUCAGCCCUCGCGCCAAUUUCUAAUAAACACAGUAAUUCUUGUUCAACAAUCUAUGUCGAUGAUUCUACCGUUUCACAGCCAAAUUGGAAAGCAAUGAUUAAAUGUGUAUCAUUGGCUAUUCAUAGUCAUAUAUACUCGAGAAAAGGGAAUAAAACAAUGGACAUAUUUGACGAAAAGUUACAUCCACUAACGAAAGAUUCUGUGCCAGAUGAUUAUGAUGAAAUCGUACCAGAACAAAAAGCCAUUUAUCGUUUUUUAAGAAUUCUAUUUACAGCUGCACAAUUAACAGCAGAAUGUGCUAUUGUUACGUUGGUAUAUCUAGAACGUGUAUUGAGUUAUGGUGGAUUAGAUUUAUGUCCAUCUAAUUGGAAACGACUCGUUUUAGGUGCUGUAAUGUUAGCAUCAAAAGUGUGGGAUGAUCAAGCAGUAUGGAAUGUCGAUUUUUGUCAAAUAUUAAAAGAUAUUACUGUGCAUGAAAUGAACGAGUUAGAACGUGAAUAUGUUCAAUUACUACAGUUUAAUGUUAACGUUGGUUCGUCCAUUUAUGCCAAAUAUUACUUUGAUUUAAGACAAUUGGCAAAAGAAAGCAAAAUUUCAUUUCCAGAUGAAUUAUUAACAAAAGAGAAAGCAAUUAAACUCGAAGCAGCCUCUUUGGUGGGUAAUCGUUUGAAUCAAACAUCAUCGAAUGUGUCUGGUAGUGGCGGUACCAAUAAUAAUAGUGGUGGUAGCGGUGGUCAAUUGGUAUCGUUGCGUCGUUCAGCGAGCGUUGAAUUUAUGCAAUCUCCAAGAAAAAGUUUAUUAAUUAUAUCAUAG